AUGGUUCUGGAACAGCUGACUGGUCAGACGCCGGUUUUCUCGAAAGCACGUUACACGGUACGAUCGUUCGGUAUUCGUCGUAAUGAGAAGAUUGCUGUGCACUGUACAGUGAGAGGCGCAAAAGCUGAAGAAAUCAUCGACCGUGGCUUAAAGGUGAAAGAAUACGAGCUGUACCGAGAGAAUUUCUCUGAUACCGGAAAUUUUGGCUUCGGAAUCCAGGAGCAUAUUGAUCUGGGAAUAAAGUAUGAUCCAUCAAUUGGUAUCUAUGGUAUGGAUUUUUAUGUUGUUCUUGGACGUGCCGGACAUCGUGUGGCGAAACGUAGACGUGCUCGUGGACGCGUUGGACAUACACAUCGCGUUGGAAAGGAGGAAGCCGUCAAGUGGUUCCAGCAAAAAUAUGAUGGAAUUAUUUUGCCUCCAAAAGCAAAAGAAAUUCGCCGUGGACGGAGACGCUAA